AUGAUCAUUUGGAGCUUGUCGCGCAAUCACGAAAUGAAUUGUUUGUGAUCGGUGGCGAUGAUGAUUUGAGAAUUCUCAAAGAAAUAAGUGUUAAACGUGCGUUCAGGUUGGAAUCAGCAUUUCACGAACUAGCUCAAGCCUUCUAUCAACAGUGCAUAAAACAAAUCAGGGCCAGAUCAAUACCAAAUAAUUUUUCAAAUCUCAUCAUCAGACAACAAUUCAAACUGGCCUUCAUAUCUGAACUCAGACAGGAUACGCAUACAGCCUUAAGGCAUUACAAGUUGGCGUAUCAGAACUGUAUCGAGAGUGAACCGGCCGAAUCGGAGUUGUUCGAAUGGAGACAAGUCACUGGUCUUAUCAAUUAUAAAAUAUGUCAACUGUCAUUUCUGCAUAGCACAGCGCUCGAAGCAAUCUCGCAACAACGUCGUCAUGUGUCACAUAUGUUCGCCACCUCACCUGGUCAGUAUCCGUCCGCGCAGUUGGCUGCCAUCGAAUUCGCUCUCUGGAAAAGUAAACAGUGUUCAAUGUUUGCGGACUUAUUCGAACGUGCUGUGGUGAAUGGACUAGCCGCGAUGUCGACACAACACCCUGGCAUUCAUCUGCACGCAUCUGCCGAUCAUCUGAGGCUAGCAAAUGAGCUGAUCGAUUCAAUGCGAUCUGCGCUUUCGUUAUCGUCGUCGGUUGCCGAUCAUCUGAUUUCGCCUCAACCCGAUCCACUUCAAUCACAACAAUCGUCAUGGUCAACCGUCGUCUUCUAUGGACAACGUCCAUGGCGAGUGUCAACCGAAAGUGGCGGAGGUUUAGCCGAUUCGAUCACUGAGAACAAUGCGAGAAUCACUCUUGAGCAACGUUGUAUGCCGAACCAUAAGCGAUGUUUAGCAUUGCUUUCAUCCGCAAUGUCGCAGUUCAAAAAAUACAAAUGCGUUCGAAUGCAACGACACAUAAUGUUGCUGAUGGCUGAUGAAUACGCUGCGUUGAAUCAUCACUCGAAAGCCUUGCAAUUCAUUUCGCACGUUUUAUGGGAGUGUCGUAUUGAGAAGUUCACUCUGCCGAUUUCACUGCUGCUCUCGCGAUCGCUGAUGUCGUCGUUUUUCGUGGCUGAUCUGAAAGAGUUCGUCUCGUCGAGUGUACAGAUUCUCAACAUUCACUCAUUUCCAUCAUUCGAAUCAAUUUCCGCACACAUCGCCAUGAACAUCAACCGAAUACGAAACGCACAACCACCACUCUCACCAUUACCCUCAUUCCAACUCUCUGAUGCACAAUUAAUUGCUUGCCAACAACAAUGGAUGAACGUCUUCUCAGAGCGUGUGUUCUUUUCGUUGAGUGCACCACGUAUUGAUGCCUUCGUUCGUGCACAUGCUUCGUUUUUAUGCACCGAGCAGGCGAUUGCCUCUGGAUCAACGCUGAUUCUUAAGGUAUCGCUUUAUUCGUGUGCGUGUGUAGCGAUGCAUUUCGAGCGUUUACGUGUGAAUGUCAGUGAUGCGUCAACGACAACCACAAAUGCCGAGCGAUUGCCGAUGUUCGAAUUCCUUUCUGAGAAUAUCGAGUUGAAGCCGAAUUGUGAGACGAAUUUCUUUUAUGAACUCAACUUGGAUGUCAACGAAUUUCUUGAAACGAAGUUAAUUGUGGUGAGCGGAUUGAACUUGGAAUUUGGCUCAUUGCAUUCGUGUGUUUAUGGAACAUUGGAUUGGGAGUUUACAUCGUUAACGAUGGGUGUCCCAGAAUCUGCUUAUAGAACUUCGAUGUUGGACUCGCGCAUUGGAAUGCCGUCAAUUAAAGUGUAUCCUCGAGAGGCGAGUGUACGGUUAGAAGGUGAUCUGAAGGGAGAUGCUCUGUUGGGACAGGUGGCGAAUCUUUCUUUGAAAUUGGUUUGUGACGAGAACGAAGCGUUACCUGAACGCUUGAGAGUGGAAUGGUAUGCGGAAUCGUGCAAAGAGGAUGUUCCGUCCUCGGUGCAAACAGCAACGUCAACAUCAACAUCAAUAACGACGGCACAGUCGAAAUCUUCACCAUUGCUCUUUUUGAAUUCACAAAACAAACUCAUCGACAGCGAUCAGCUCUGUGUUGAUAUCGCUUCAUUGCACACAACGGAAACACCGAACUCGCCUGUUGAGAUUCCUCUUACGAUUGGCUAUUGUGCACAAGCGGUUGGCACUCUCUACAUAGUGAUCAAGAAUGAGUUGAUCGAAUCGCCGAUGAUGGAAAUAGAAUUUUUUGCUCGUUGUGAUAUCGAAACAAUGGCCGAGCUCGUCAUCGGUGACAUCCAAUGGAAACCGUUCGUUUACGCAUCUAAGACUGAAAUUGCAAUCGUGAAUGAAACAAAUCCGGUAUUCUUCGAUUUCACCUCACUACCGUUCACUUUUUCUUCAUUCGUGCGAAAACUUUCUUCCCAAUUCAUUCAUAUUCAUUCAACGUUUUAUUUUCUAGAGUGCGGAUAUAGAGUUGGAAGAAGACGAGCUGAGACUUCGCGCAAUCCCAAGUUAUGGGUUUUGUCUCAACUGGAUGCGGGUGUUGUGUAUCCACGACGUGCACCACUCUCAAUAACUGCCCAAAUUUGUACGUCGCAAUGUAUCGUACGAACAGCUAUUCCAAUAUUGUUUUCCAUAAAGAAUCUGCACAGCGAACCGGCAGAUUUACAUAUCACUAUCGAAAUGACCGAUUUGUUCAUGUUCGCUGGUAAUAAAGAGGUAGGUGAUCGAUUAAAUCAGUCAUUUCGUUCAUGA